AUGUCGCCAUCUGUCACACUUGAUGACAAUUUAGACUUUCAAAUCCAAAGCAUGCCGUCCAAAUACAUGAAAAAGUCCACCCUUCUUCUCUCGCCUCCUUCCUUAUCAUCACACCCUGAAAAGCUCAAUGCUGUCCUUCAGUUCCACGAGCGGGACUCGACAGACCUGCAAAUGCUCGACCGUCUAGCUGCUGGUCUUGUAACGCUGCCUGCCUCAGCCUAUGACACGAUCCUUAUCCUCACUGAUGCCGAUGGCUCAUACAACGAAAGCACUCAACUUAUGAAUCGUCUUGUUAUCACUCAUAUUGUCAACGCUCUUAAACCUAAUGGCCGCUUACAGAGUCAAGACGGUCUUUUCGGAGCCGACCAUAAUCUGCAGCAGACGGAAUUUAUUCUUGCGGGGCUAGUGAAAGAUGGUGCCAAUGGAUUUGUUAAGCCGGACUAUGGUGGACAACAUUCAAUACCCUUGCGACUAUCAAGCAAGAAGAAAAAUAGCGCUUCAGCGUUGCCAGAUAACGGUGUAAAGCGCGACUCGGCACAAGAUAAUGUUCACUCCAAUGAUGGUAUUCAGACUCGACCGGCUGGUGUUGGAUUCGUCGAUUUCACAGAUACGUUUGAAGGCUCUGGGUCCACCAGUCAUGGCGAGUCUUCUGACGAAUUAAUUGACGAGGACAACCUACUCAGUCAAGCUGAUAUUGGUCAGCCAAUUAUUCAACCACCAGAGUGCCGUCCUAAGGCAGGAAAGCGCCGCCGGGCUUGCAAAGAUUGCACCUGCGGCUUAGCACAGAAACUUCAGGCGGAAGAUGCAACAACGCGUGCAAAUGCAGACAAAACACUAAGUGACAUGAAACUUGGGCGUGGUGAUCUCGCAGAAGUCGAUUUUACUGUUCAGGGAAAGGUGGGCAGUUGUGGAAAUUGUGCUUUGGGCGAUGCCUUCCGUUGUGACGGAUGUCCCUAUAUCGGCCUUCCUCCAUUUAAGCCAGGGGAAGAGAUAAACUUAACUAUCUUUCUGGCAGCAACAUAUGUUCAUCGUUGCCCUACAUACGCACAAGAACAAGUAGGUGAAUGCGGGCAGAUACUCUUGAAUACGGAGUACGGGUUCCAGUUGAACUUGGAAAUUGUAACUUUAGAUGCCCAACCAGACGAUCGCAGUUCGCAAGUCUCUCAUGCUCGCUCACAGGUGACUGCUCGCUCCUAUCCCAGUACUACAGCCACUAGUGUCAGCAUAUCUGGAGAUAUUUCUAGUCAAUUGCAUGCUGGUUAUAGUCACCCACUGACUAGAUCAUGGCAAGCCGAACGGCAACUGACAAAGGCAAGUAUAUUUAAUACAUUCUUAACAUAUCUGGUCGGCCUCUCAUUACGGUUCCAGGAAAUGCUCAUCUAUCCCCUGUUCAUUACCGACAAUCCUGACGAAGAGACACCGAUACCUUCCCUGCCGAACCAAUAUCGACGUGGAUUGAAUCGCUUGGUUCCUUUUCUUACCCCGCUUGUGCGCAAGGGUUUGCGCUCUGUAAUCCUCUUUGGCGUGCUUCUGGAUCCGGCUGCGAAGGACCCUCUCGGAACUGCGGCUGACGACCCAGCCGGUCCAGUCAUUCAAGCUAUUCGACUCCUACGAUCCCAGUUUCCGGAGCUCUAUAUUGUGGCGGAUGUAUGCCUGUGUGAAUAUACGUCUCACGGUCACUGUGGUAUUCUGCGGGAUGAUGGAACCCUCAAUAAUGCUCAAUCAGUGGAUCGUAUCUCUGAUGUGGCAUUGGCGUAUGCUCUUGCUGGUGCACAUUGCGUCGCGCCGUCAGACAUGAAUGAUGGCAGGGUUCGAGCUAUAAAACUCAAGUUGAUCGAGGCCGGUAUCGCGCAUAAAGUUCUGCUGAUGUCCUAUAGCGCGAAGUUCAGUGGUUGCUUGUACGGACCUUUCCGUGAUGCUGCCGGCUCUUCGCCUUCUUUUGGAGAUCGCAAAUGCUAUCAACUGCCUCCAGGGGGCCGUGGACUUGCUCGUCGUGCUAUCCAACGUGAUAUAGCCGAGGGAGCCGAUAUUAUCAUGGUCAAACCAGCAAGCAGCUACUUGGACAUCAUCAGUGAUGCAAAGGAGUUGGCAAAAGAUAUGCCAAUUGCAGCCUAUCAAGUGAGUGGAGAAUAUGCUAUGAUUCAUGCUGGCGCCAAAGCUGGUGUGUUUGAUUUGAAGACAAUGGCUUUUGAGAGUACCGAAGGCAUCUUGAGGGCUGGUGCCAGGAUUGUGGUGAGCUACUUUGUCCCGGAGUUUUUGGAUUGGCUGCGUCAUUAA